AUGCGGUGCGCUCUGUCUUUGCCGGCAGUUCUGGCUUCCGGUAGCCGAUGCAUCACGUGGUCACAGCGGUGGGGUCAACCCGCGGCAUUCAAGGCGGCGGCGGCGGCCACGCGAUGCAUCGGCUCACUCGCCUUUGCUCCCACUCGUAUCAGCCACAAGGACCAACGGCGUGGCGACCGUGGCGAGUCACGCCGCCUAACCUUCGAGGAACGUGCCGAGCGCCGCACGGGGAAGUCCCGUGAGCUGAAGAUGGUGCGGAAUAACCUUUUGCAGGAGGCGGAGCAGGUCAUCCAGGCGGAUGUCCCGGACGAACUCGAGCACAUCUUCAUGCAGCACUUUGAGCGGGCGAACGUGUGCGCCAUGAAGGUGUUGAACAUGGCGAAGUGCUUGGAGCUCUUAGAGGUUGACGUUGGCGGCGGGCGUAAAGUUCUCCUUACGAAGGUGGCGCAGGUUGUGAAAACGAGCAACUCCACCAUUGAGAUUGUCCCGCAGAACGCGAGCUUCGCCAGCCCCAUUCUUCACCGCGUGACGCGCUUUGACACGACGCUGCAUGUGACUAAGGAGCAGCAAAAAAUUAAGGUGGUGAUACCGCCCGUAACGACUGGACGCCGCGACAAGGCGGUGACCGAGAUACAGCAGGUGAUUGCUGCAUUCAAGCAGAAGACCAAGCAGGUGCGCACGCACGCCACCAAGGCGCUGCAGGACGCCGGCAUCGACGAGGACGCGCUGCGCGAGCUCAACGCAGAGCUGGACACAACCACCAACACCUUCACGGCGGAGAAAGUCGCGGAGCUGGAGCAGCUCGCGGAGGAUGUGACCUCGAUGGGUGCCGACGAGUCCGACAUCGAGGCGUGA